AUGUUGCGCGCAGUGGAAUGGAUUCAUUCCUGUGGUGUGGUGCACCGCAAUAUCAAGGCUUCAAACUUUAUGUGUGGUGGUGACAAGGGGAACACCAUCAUGAAGCUCACCGACUUCGGUUUAGCUUGUGCUCAGCCUCAGGGAUCCAGGCUCUACCAAGAGGCCGGGUCCUGGCAGUACCGCUCUGUGGAGAUGCACAGCAAGGCGGGCUACAACGAGAAAACCGACAUUUGGUCAUUUGGCGUCAUGGCUUAUGCGCUGCUCUUUAAUGAGUUUCCCUAUGCUCCGCAGCAGCGGGACAAGGACGCCAUACGGGCAGCCAUCAUGCAGAAUAGCGAACCUCGCUUUGUUCAGGUGCCCAUUGGCCAGAAGGUCGGCGAAUUUCUUGGUCCUGCAGCCAGAUUUUGUCGCGUGCUGCUGCGGAGAAAUCAGGACAUUCGUUGCAGCGCAACAGAAGCAUUGCAGCUGGGGUUCAUCACCGGCAUGGCAUGUUCCAUGGAGAUGGAAGCUGACUGCUCGAAUGUCCGGAAGCAGGACCAUCAUCCGGAAGUCAGGGAUCUGGCGCCGGCGAGCGGUUGGGAAUGGGUAAGCGGGGCCGACUCCCAGUUCUCGGAUUUCACAGUGGAGCUGACUCGGCAGGAGCUCGCGCCGCUGCCGCUCAUUGGCGCGGACGACCUCAACGGCAAGCACUCCGCGCAGCUGGGAGGAACUCUUUCGUCGGUCACAUUCGACCUGGAGCUCCUCAUCGGGGAAGCCUCCAAGUGCGGAAUUCGCCGGUGCAGGCCUCAGGAGCGGAAGGCAAGUUUUGCCGGCUCGGUUUUCGCUGGGCUCAAACUUCGAGCUCACGCACUCGUAUUCGGGCGCGAGACCGAGCACCGGGGGAAGGUCACAAGAGCCCGGGGCUUGAAGAAAACCAUCGGCUUUUGGCAUGAAGAGACAGCCCAUUUUUUUUUUGCAAUCGACAAGAAUCGGAAAGCCAUCGAGAACCGCAUCCGCUACUUCCAAAAGGAAGAGGAGAAAAUCUGGCGAGAUUUGGAGGAAGUCCGGCGGCAGGCAGCAGCUAUCGAGGAAGGCCGCUCGCGCACCAUCGAAAAGAAGCUGGCUGAUCGCGCCAUUCAGCAGGAGAGAGAUCUUAUGCUGCAGCAAAACAGAGUGAAGGCGGCUCAAAAUAGGGUUUCAGUUACAGACUACCGCAAGCGUCAACAGUUUGAGGCAAUGAGAGAGAAGCAGCUGUCAGCGCAGGUUCAAAGGGAGACUUCGCAGGCAAUCAUGCACCAGAAGAGACAGAUCGACAUGGAGAUGCGCAAAACGAAUUCCGAGAGGGCCGCUAUGAUACAGAUCUCGCAAAAGGAAGCUCGGUCAAGGGCAAGCCAAGAACGUUCGGCCCGCCUGGAACGCGUGCGGGAAUUCCAAGAGUAUGAGCGCCAACAAGCAGAACAGGAGGUCCUUGAAGCCGAGUCCACCUUGCCCGAGCUGGAGGAGCAAGAGUUGAUCUGUCUGCAGCGCUUGCAGAACUCCAGGAUCGUCACACAGUCUGUUCUCGAGGAGCUGGAGACUCGUCUCGGGUCGCAAAGUUCGGUAGCAACACUUCUGCGAUCCAAGCAACGCAGCACGGACCAGCUGGAAUCAGUUGGAGGCUUGUCGACGGGCCUGCCACAGGAGCCGGAGGCUGCUCAGCUUGACGAUGCUGGCACUGCGGGUGAAGCCACAGGUCAGCCCGUUGAGCCGAUCACUGAGCCGGUCGCUGCGUAG